GAAGUUCAAGAUCAAGGUGCUGGCAGAAUUGGUAGUGGGUGAGAACCCAUCUCCUUGCUCCUAGAGAGCCUUCUUUAUGCCCUGUCCUCAUGUGGCACAAGAUGGCCAGUAACCUAUGUGCCAGGUAGCAUUCCAUGCUAAUCUUGAAUGCCAAUAGGAAGUCACUGGACAGCAAAACUCUUCCAGGAUUGUAACUGGGCUAUAAGAGUAACCCAAAAAAGAAGAAAAAAGAAUCGCAGACAUGGCCAAAGGAACUAGAGUUCGGUCUACCUCUCCUCCAGAUGGAGGCUGGGGCUGGAUGAUCGUGGCUGGCUGUUUCCUUGUUACCAUCUGCACCCGGGCGGUCACCAGAUGUAUUUCCAUUUUUUUUGUGGAGUUCCAGACAUACUUCACUCAGGAUUACGCCCAAACGGCUUGGAUCCAUUCCAUUAUAGAUUGCGUGACCAUGCUCUGUGCGCCACUUGGGAGUGUUGUCAGUAACCACUUAUCCUGCCAAGUGGGAAUCAUGCUGGGUGGCUUGCUGGCCUCUACUGGUCUCAUCCUGGGCUCAUUCGCCACCAAUCUGAAGCAUCUCUACCUCACUCUGGGAGUUCUUACAGGUCUUGGAUUUGCACUCUGUUACUCUCCAGCAAUUGCCAUGGUCGGCAAGUAUUUCAGCAGACGGAAAGCCCUGGCUUACGGGAUCGCCAUGUCCGGAAGCGGCAUCGGCACCUUCGUUCUGGCCCCCGUGGUUCAGCUCCUUAUUGAACAGUUUUCCUGGCGGGGAGCGCUACUCAUCCUCGGGGGCUUUGUUCUAAAUCUCUGUGUUUGUGGUGCCUUGAUGCGGCCCAUUACCCUGAAAGAGGACCAGACGACUCCAGAGCGGAACCCCAUCAGUAGAACUCAGAAACAAGACUUCAAGCGAGUGGCUCCCUGUUCCACUUUGACUAAAAAAUGUGUGCAGACCUGCCUCUGUUGCUCUUUGCAGCAGGAAUACAGUUUUUUACUGAUGUCAGACUUUGUCGUGUUAGCCAUCUCUGUUCUCUUUAUGGCUUAUGGCUGCAGUCCUCUCUUUGUGUACUUGGUACCUUACGCUGUGAGUGUUGGAGUGAGUCACCAGCAAGCUGCUUUCCUUAUGUCCAUACUUGGGGUGAUUGACAUUGUUGGCAAUAUCACAUUUGGAUGGCUAACUGACAGAAGGUGCCUGAAGAAUUACCGGUAUGUCUGCUACCUCUUUGCCGUGGGACUAGAUGGGCUCUGCUAUCUCUGCCUCCCAAUGCUUCAGAGCUUUCCCCUGCUCGUGCCUUUCUCUUGUACCUUUGGCUACUUUGAUGGUGCCUACGUGACUCUGAUCCCUGUAGUGACUGCAGAAAUAGUGGGGACCACUUCUUUGUCCUCAGCGCUCGGUGUGGUGUACUUCCUUCAUGCAGUGCCGUACCUGGUGAGCCCGCCCAUUGCAGGGUGGCUUGUCGAUACGACUGGCAGCUACACAGCGGCAUUUCUUCUUUGUGGAUUUUCAAUGAUAUUCAGUUCUGUGUUGCUUGGCUUUGCUAGACUCGUAAAGAAGAGGAAAAAAACCCAGCUGCGGUUCCUUGCCAAAGAAUCGGAUCCCAAGCUGCAGCUAUGGACCAAUGGAUCAGUGGCUUAUUCUGUAGCAAGAGAGUUAGAUCACAAAGACGAUCAGUGUGUGGCUCUGACAGUGCCUGGUUACAACCCCACAUGACCCAUGGCCUUGAGCCUGGGAAUCUUCAGGGCUGAGAGAGGUGGGACCACUGGACUGCACAUGUCUCGGAAGCAUUUAAUUUUGCAGAGAUGUUGCCUUCCGAGGAAAUUACCGUUAUUAUUUUAUUAACGUGUUUAUAGGGGAGAAUACCAAAUAACAAAGCAAGUUGGACUGGCUCAGAGUUUCCUCAUUUGCGAUUUGUACUCACAAUCGAACUUUUACCUUUCAGGCAAUGAGCAUUACUCUAUGCAGUAUGUUAGGACGGAGCUGCUAUAAUUCGCUGUAAUUGGGGGUAAUUUCGAAGUAUGACCAAAGCAGAUGACAUUGGGAAGCUUUGUUGCCAACUCUCUGCCUCUCUGUCUUACUCCCUCAGUUAGAAUGGAAACGGAAACAAUGGCAUGUUAGAUUUGCUUACUUGAUGCUUUCUUGGAGAAAGGGGUCUGUAUUAAUCACUGCCUUUUGCAGAAUCUAAAGCAUUCAACAACUCCGUGUAAAGCCCUAGUGAGAAACUCUACUAGAGAAAGGGUUGACAUCUUCACCUCCCACCUCCACGGAAGGCUUCCUAAGGCUGAGCCCCUCCCCUCUGAUUAGGCACCCACGUCUAUUAAUAUAACACUGAAUUUAACAGAAUACAGCAAGUCACAAGGGUGAUUUCUAAAUCUUACCUGAAAUGUUAACACCAACACUUCUCUCCCCCCUUUUUUUCUUUAGAAACAAAGCUUUUAUUUGAAUCGUACAGACAGUCCUGCCAGGAACUAAAAGUGUUGGCAGAAUUCCAGCUGGGCAGGAAUUGAAUUCUUGAAUCAGCAGGUCUCUGAUGGGAGUUUUCUUUU